AGGCUGUCCGGGGAGGCGGCGGUGGGCGCGGGGUCGGGCCCGGCCCGCACUCGGGUGCUGGUCACGGAAGCGCGGGGGCCGGGCCGAGCUCCUGGGCGCGGCCACCCGGCUCAUCCUGCGAGUGCUGUCAGGCCGCGAGACCCGCCAGGGCGCUGCGGCAUUUGCCAGAGAGUCGGUGCAAGUGACAGCGCCGGGCGGCGGUUCUUGUCCCCGGGCCCGGCGGCGUCAGCCGUGCGAGUCCUACGUUUGUUUGUGUGCGCAGGCACCAGAGCGGACGAGGUCGGAGCCCCUGGUUUGAUGCACUGGCUCUCGCUGGGAGUGUGGGCGGAGGACCAUGGUGCUGGACUCGGGGACGCCGUCCUACGAGCAGAAUCCACAUGUCCUGGGUGCGAGUCCUCGGUGCAAGGGGAGCGGGAAGAAGUUCUCUGAGCGUAAUGGAUUGCGGCUCUAUUCCUACCUCUCCCCCGCACCAGCUCCAGAUUCAGAUUCUACCGGUCUGGGCCAAACACCCAAAACACUUACAAAGCCCAAGUGCCCUAAGGCCUCAGAAGCGAGGCCUGAAGUCAAGCGGCUCUCAGGUACCUGCCCUACUUUCUCAAGUCCUUGCAGCUGGAUGCGCCGGAGUGAGAGCACUUGUGCUGUGAACAGCAGUGGCCGUGCUCGAGCACAGAUCCGCAGUGCAGCUUCUCUACCUCAUAUUGCUAAGCCAAAGGCUGAGGAGAUUGGCAGUGUCCGGAAGAGUCCAUGCUUGCUGGUGGCCUUGAGGCCUCUGAAUAUCGAUACAGAGAGAGAGAAAUUCUUUCAGUCUUGUUACACUUACAACCCACAGUUUGAGUAUGAGGAGCCCCUCCCCGUGGCUGUGCUGGAGAAAUACAAAGAUGCAUCAGACCAGUUCAUUACACAGGCAAUUAGGAUAAUUCAUACCGUCCUGGAGAAGUAUGGCACCUAUGAGAGCUUUGAAGUAGCCACCGGUGGAAGAUUGUUGAGCAAGUGUCAAAUCUGGUCUAUAAUCCGGAAGUACAUGCAGAAGGAGGGCUGUGUGGGAGAGGUAGUCGUACAAUUGACGGAUGACCUGCUCUCCCAAGCGGUGAUGAUGGUGGAGAACAGCCGGCCAACACUGGCUAUCAACCUUUCUGGAGCCCGUCAGUACUGGCUGGAGGGCAUGCUGCGUCAUGAAAUAGUUUUUCAGGGUCUUCAACCUAAGAAGUUUAUAUCUGAAGCCAGUUUGGAGGCCGAACUUGGUACCCAUUACAUCCGCGGAGUGAAUAAUGCCCACCAGCCCUGGCAUAGCUCAGAGGGCCGCAAACAGUAUGGCCUGAAACCUGCUAACCCCACAGAGGAAGGCCUGGCUAGUCUGCACAGUGUCCUCUUCCGUAAGCAGCCCUUCCUGUGGCGCGCGGCACUGCUAUACUACACCAUCUACCAGGCCAGUCACAUGUCCUUCUGCGCACUCUUCUGCGACCUGGAGCAGUAUGUGCAGGAUGCCAGAGUACGGUGGGAGUACUGUGUGCGGGCAAAGCGAGGGCAGACUGAUACAUCACAGCCAGGGUGUUUCAGCAAGGAUCAAGUGUACCUGGAUGGAAUACUUAGAAUCCUGAGACAUAGACAAACUAUUGACUUCCAGUUGCUGGCAGCAUUGGGGAAGGUCUCCUAUGAAGAUGUGAAUCAUCUGAAGAAAUUUGGGGUCCUGGAGAAGGCUCGCAUCCCCCAUUUCAUGCAGGACCUGGGGCGGUACAUGAAGCAACUUGACCAUAUCAUCACAACCAACAGACUGAACGAGAAGGAGCUUGAGCAGCUGCUGCCGGACUGACCAGGUCAAUGGGGACAUGACCCACCUGACCCUGCUGCAGCUCACUUCCUGGAUUCCCAGGCCACACUGCCUUCUGGUCAUGAAGCCUUGGGCACAGAAGGGAGUUGUCUUGUGUAUGUCAGACUGCAGCCUGUCCAAAGCAUUGAGAGUGGCCAGGGUGCACAGGGUUCAAUAUAUUCAUUAUUUAUUUUGAGACUGUUCAGUCUGUCUGUCCUCAGCUGAAGGAGACUGCAUGGUUUCAAAGCUUCCUCCCCCCCUCUUGCCCCCCGCCUCCAGAAUAGGAUCCUGUAAAGGAGCUGCUUUUGUGUGGAUUCCUGCAGCAGGACAUAGUUUACUUCUACGUAUCCUGCAGGAUAUGCAUGUGUGUGUGGUGGGGGGGUGGGGCGUUGAUGGCUAAGGUGCAUGCAAUGCCAUUAGAGAGAACUACUUUGAGAGAAGUAGCUUUGAUUAUUUUUAACCUUUUGUUUGCAUUCAGAGGAGGCUGUACAGUUCCCCAUGUUUUUACAGGGACAAGGAACAAUAGUGGAGAAAUGUCUGUACCCAGGACUGAGAGCAGAAAUGCUUCAGCAGAACAAGUGAAAUGAUUGUGAAUUCCACUGAUCAUAGGUUAAACACACCAAGGAGGGAGUUGUGGUGGAAGGGAAAUGAGGGAUGGCAUAUUGCUUCAGAAAAGUGUAAGAGCACUGGACACUGGAGAAGCAAAGGUGGAAGAGUGCUAUGCUCAUGUCCUAGAACACCAGUGGAGGGGAAGUAACACUUCCUUGGGGAGCAGGAUGAGGGAACACCAUCAGUCUAUACAGGUUCUUACAUGUGUUUAUCGCCAUAGUAUUUGAAUGAUGUAGAAACCACGCAGUCAAGGGGCGAUGUCUCUGGGCAGUGGGAUGGUGGCUGUGAGGAGGGGGAGGGAAAUUGGACAUGCUUAGACCAAUCUGAUUUAGACUGCAUGCCAUGAACUUCUGACAGCACCAACUCCCCUAGUCAGUAAGCUUGCCUUGUUCGGCACGCUCACCUCCAUCACUCAGUCACCUGCUCGUUUAUGUCCCAUCCUCUGUCACUUAAUUGCCCCUCAAAAUGUCUUUGACCUUUGCUAUUCCUUUGGUGUCAGAAGGAUUUUAAUGCCACAAAUAAAGACUUUUUUCUCAAAAAUA